GGGCGAUGCUUAGGAAAGGGCAUGUGUGUAGAAACAGGCUUCGCUUCCUCUUUCUGAGUCCCCGUUUCCUCACGACAAGCUGCAUAAAUAAAUAGGAAGCAGCAAGGCGCACAGCUGACUAAAGCUCCCGAAGGAGCUGGCCCGGCCGCCACGGAGGUAGGCCAGGCCUGUGGGGCAAGGCCGGGAGUGCGGGGGUGGCACAGGGGACUGUAGCUCGCUGAGGCAGCUAGGAGGCCAGAGCUGCGCCUUUUGAGGAGACUGGAUCCCAGAGUCCUCAGGCAGCUGGAGGCCCAGAGGAGGCAGAGUCGUGGGGUCACAAGAUCCAGUGACAUGAGCCUGGCCCAUCCCCCAGCCCAGCAGCAACAGGAGACUUCAGGGCAAUGAGGACGCCCCGCUGCCCAUAGCCAGCGCGGACCCUCCAGCCACCUGCAGGUCCAGAGCCGACCAGGAGAUGGCGCUGCUCCCACGCCUGCUCCUCAUGGCCCUGCCCGCUCUGUGCAGGGGGCCCAUUGCGCAAGGGUCAGAGGAUACUGUCCCAAUGCAGACCCUGCGCUGCUACAAUGACUACACGAGCCGCAUCGUGUGCAGCUGGGCAGAGACGGCGGCUGCUGGGAAGCUCAUCAACGUGACCCUCCAUCGGCGGUUGUUAAAAGACAGGAACUAUUCAGAGCCGGUGUCGUGUGAACCCGCUAGCAACAUAUCCUGGCCACACUGCCCGUCUCCUCCCUGUGUGCCUAGAAGAUGUGUCAUUCCCUACAACAGUUUCGCCCUGGCUGACAAUGACUACUUCUCCUUCCAGCCAGACCGGCCUCUGAACAUCCAGGUCACUGUGCCACUGGCCCACCACGUGCAGCCGCCCCCGCCCCAGGACGUGCAGAUCAGUGCCUCUGGGGACCAGUUCCUGCUGACCUGGAGUGUGGGCCUUGGAGGUCCCCAGAAGUCCUGGCUGUCGCAGAGGGACCUGCAGUUUGAGGUGGUCUACAAGAGGCUUCACGAGUCCUGGGAGAGCGCCACCACCCUGCACUCCAACUCCUCCCAGGUGGCCCUGGGGCCCAAGCUCCUGCUGCCCAACAGCUCCUACGUGGCCCGAGUGCGGACGCGGCUGGCCCGGGACUCGGGCUUCUCGGGGCGGCCCAGCCAGUGGAGCCGCGAGGUUGGCUGGAGCUCGCAGCCAGGGGACAAGGCCCGGCCCCAGAACCUGCAGUGCGUCUUCGAUGGGGCCCACAUGCUCAGCUGCUCCUGGGAGGUGAAGUCCCAGGUGACCAGCUCAGUCUCCUUUGGCCUGUUCUACAGGUCCAGCCCAGACGCAGAGGAGGAGGAAUGUCCCCAGGUGCACAGGGAGGAGCUCGGCGGCCUCUACACCCUCCACUCCUGCCGGAUCCGCGUCUCCAGCCCGGCGCCCCACAGCCAGUACACUGUGGCCGUGCGUCCUCGGAGUGAGGAGAAAUUCAUAAAGAGCUCAGACCACAUCCAGAUGGCAGCCCCAACCCUCAAUGUGACCAAGGACGGAGACAGCUACAGCCUGCGCUGGGUGACAGAGAAAAUGCACUAUUCACACAUCGAGCACACCUUCCAGAUCCAGUACAAGAAAGAGGAGGACUCAUGGGAGGACAGCAAGACUGAGAACCUGAAGAACACCCACAGCAUGCCGCUGCCCCCGCUGGAGCCGGCCACCACCUACCAGGCCAGGGUGAGGGUCAUGCCCAGCCCCGAAGGUGCCUACAAGGGGAUCUGGAGCGAGUGGAGCAAGGAGCAGAGCUGGACCACUGAGUGGGCGCUGCCCACCUGGGUGCUGGCACUCAUCCUGGUCUUCGUCACCCUGGCCCUGCUCCUGGCCCUGCGCUUCUGUGGCCUCUACGGCUACAGGCUGAACAGGAAGUGGAAGGAGAAAAUCCCCAACCCCAGCAAGAGCCACCUCUUCCAGAACGGAAGUGCCGGGCUCAGGCUCCCAGACAGCACGAUGGCCUUCGCCAGCAGAGGCGCCCCUUCCCUGGGAAUCGGGGCCGGCCUCUUCCCUGAGCUGGAGGGGGUGUGCGCUGUCGAUUUCAGGGACAGUGAGGUGUCGCCUCUCACCACAGAGGACCCCAAAGUCGUCUGUGAUCCUCCGGCGGGGCCUCAUUCCACUCCGGCUGCCUCAGACCUGCCCCCGGAGCAGCCCCCCAGUGUCCAGCCAGGCCCACCAGCCCCCCAGGGCCGGCCUGAGGACCAGCUGGCCACCUUCGACUUCAAUGGCCCCUACCUGGGGCCGCCCCAGAGCCGCUCCCUGCCUGACCUCGCAAGCCAGCAGGCUCCCCCGCAUGCUCCCAAGCCAGCACUGCCGGGCUCCCUGGAGUACCUGUGUCUGCCCCCCGGGGGACAGGUGCAGCUGGUCCCCCUGACCCAGGUCACAGGGCAGGGCCAGGCUGCCCCCGGGGAGUGUCCGCCUGGACCUGGCACGCUGGGCAGCACCCCCUACCUGGAAGCUGGGGGAGGCCCUGCCCCUCCUGCAUCUGAGCCAGAACGCCAGGGACAGGACCCAGAGGAUAGCCCAGUCGUUCUGCCCACAAGCUCUGGGGAUGCUGAGCACCCUGCCGUGGCCACUGGUUAUGUCACCACUGCAGAGCUGGCCCUCACCUUGUCCACAGGGGCUUCAUCUGGCUCCCUUCAUCUGGCUCCCCCUGCAGGCCUCCAGAACCCCAGCCUCUGUCCAGGGCUGCCUGGUGGGCCUCCUGCAGCCCCAGCGCCUGGGAAGCCAGGGUUUGAGGGCUACGUAGAGCUCCCUCCCACCAUGGGGCCAUCCCCCAAGUCCUCUCUGGGCAGUCCUGUCCCUCCUUCAUCCAGCGGCCCUGUCCUGAGCCCAGGAGAGCCCCUGGCAGAUGUGUCCCCACUGUCCCCAACCCCUGAGGGGCUGCUUGUCCUGCAGCAGGUGGGGGACUACUGCUUCCUCCCUGGCCUGGGAACUGGUCCCCUCUCACCCCGGAGCAAGCCAUCCUCCCCAGUACCCUGUCCAGAGAUCAGGACUGGAGACAUAGAUAGGGGUUUCCCAGUCAAGAAACCCCCAGGCCAGCCUGUACCCCAGGUGCCAGCUAUUCAGUUCUUCAAGUCUCUUAAGCAGCAGGACUACCUGGCACUGCCCCCCUGGGAGGUCAGCAGGCCCCGUGAGGUGUGCUGAGGAUGCUGCACCCUGCAUCCUGCUUGUCACCUCCCCAGAGCCACGGGGCAUUCAUGCUGACAUAAACGGGGCCUGUAGAGCCUUCCACACCUCUGGGCCCUUUGGACCUUCAGCAAAUCUUUUUCCCCACUCCUCUCUGAUACACCCUCACACAGACAUAGGCACACAGACACACAGACACACAGAGAGACAUACACACACACCUUUCUUUCAGGUUUUUUCUAGAUUCUGAGUUACUAGAGCUUUCUGUGCAUAGCCACCCACCUUGCCCUCAUCUUGUUUUAUUGGGUUCCCUUGCCUUCCUUCUGUCUUCACUCUUUGUUGCUGACUCACUGCUGGAGUGCGAUUGGGUCCUAUGAAGCCCGUCCUGACCGUGAGACCUGCCCACGGUGUUGCAAGACUCUGGUGGGCAGCCUGUGCUCUCAGGCUCCUGGGCACAGCGUGUGCUUCUGGUGAGCUGCAGGAGGGCUGGGAGGCGUCUUGGGGUGAGACUUUGAGACAAGCGAAGAGCUCACUUUUAGCUCCGACUCCUCCACUGUCACUCCAGGAAAUGACCGUGGGUGGGUACAUGCAGGGUAGAGUGAGUUCCUGGAAAACUGUGUUGGUCCCCACAGACUUGACUCAGGGGUCCCGGGGACCCCCGCCAUAGAGAGAAGUCACUGAUCUGGGCAAUGCCACAGGUCCCUGCAGUUUAGGACAGGUUGGUGAGACAGAGGAAAGGUUAACUGUGUUGACUGUGUGGAAGUUAGGAAAACUUUUCCAUGGUGGAUGAAAGGGAAAUGUUCAGAGGACACGUGCUUUAAAGUGCUGGGGUUAGAUGGCCCCCCCAGAAGACUGUGUAGCUCUGGCCCCCACUGGCCACAGAUCUGCACCUGCCCUGGGGAUUAUGUUUCUUUGAAAUCUUUGCCUUUUUGAUACUCAAAAAUAAUGGCAUUACAUUGUUUUAAUUUCCAUUAUCUGAGCAUUAUCCAGUGGGCAUAUAUUUUCGUAUGUACCUUGCACCUUGGGGUAUUUUUUUUUUUAUAGGGCUAAAGCCCAUUAAGGUAUUUGGUUCAAUGUUAUAUUUUUCUGAUAAAGUUUUAAGAAGUAUUUUAAGUGUGGCUGUCCAUAAAUGAUGUGAAUUUGCUCCUCUGGUUUAUUGCUUGUCUUAUAACUUUGUACAAGUGGCAUUUUGAGGCCUCGAUGUUUACAUACCUGUAUUGUCAUGCGAUGAGUUACUGGAACAUUUUUCUAAUUUGCGGGCCAAAUUUAUAAAGGCCUUCUUCAGAGCAAA